AUGACGGAUUCAUCUGUUGAAGAGAAGCACGAGACUGCUCCUGAGGCGAUGCACCAGGAAGCCUUAGCGCCUGCUGUUCCCGAUGACUCCAACAAUGCUCCUGUUCCAGAGCAGAGGAUGACCAUACAGAACUUUUUUGCGUUUCUGUCUUUGGCAAUGACACCGUCUCCUCCAGUGAUAGUCCUCGUGCUUAUCGCAACCAUCUUGGUACAAGUCGCUUCAGAUGUUGGAUACCACAUAAAUUAUUCCUGGAUCGCCAGCGCCUGGUCCAUCGGGGCAUCCAUGGCAUUUACUAUUGCAGGGAAUAUUAGCGACAUCUUCGGUCGUCGAUACACCAUCUUAUUUGGACAAUCAAUUGCCUUUGUGGGCCUGAUCAUUGGGGCAGCUGCAAAUUCAACCGAGCUUAUUGUGGUGGCAAAUGCAAUCCUUGGAUUCUCCACUGGGAUCGCUUCCGUUUCCUAUGCUGGUCUAUCUGAGGUGCUGCCGAAUCGAUGGAGAGGUGCGGGAGUUGCUGUGACCGAACUCAUCAUCAUCGUUCCCUGGGUGGGAGCAAGCUGUCUCAUUGCAAUUAAGCUGUUCUCCAGUACAGCUCUCUCCUGGCGCUGGAUCUACAUCAUCGGUCUCAUCUACCAAGUGCUGGGCAUCGUGGGUAUUUUUGCCUUUUACUUUCCCCCGAAGCCGGUACGACACCUCGAGGAGAGGAGCCGCUUCCGAAAACUGGCGGAAAUCGACUUCAUCGGCUGUAUCCUCUACAUCGGAGGUCUCUGCUGCGUGCUCAUUGCUUUCUCAUGGGCUGGUUCUGAAUAUGCCUGGGAUAGCGCAGCCGUGCUUGCCCCGCUUCUCAUCGGUCUUGCCACAUUAGUCCUCUUCGGGGUAUUUGAGUACAAGUUCGCCAGCCAUCCGUUACUUCCUCCAAUUCUAAUACGACAAGGUCGCGGUUUUGUCCUUCUUGCGGUCGUGGCCACAGUCUUGGGUACAGUGUAUUAUGGAAUGUCAACCAUGUACCCACAAGCGGCACUUUACCUCUUCUCCACCGACCCUGUUGAGAUUGGGUUGAUCCAGCUUCCAGGCGGCAUGGGGCAGAUAUUCUUUGGUGUUAUUGCGCCAACUCUUACCUCCAAGGUCGGGCAUCUUAAGAUUCAACUAGUUGUUUCGACCGGCAUCCAAACUCUGUUCUACGGGCUCUCGGCAUUAUCCGUGCCUGGCCAUAAAGCCAUGUUCAUGACAUUUCAAGUAUUCUCCUUGGGCAUGUUUCCCAUCAUCUUGACUUUGGUAUACAUCAUUGCAGGCUUCACCGUUCCUAUCUCACAUCUCGGUCUCGCGCUUGGCCUUAUUGGGACUCUCAGAUCUGGCGGCGGCAGCCUUGGCAUCUCUGUCCUCAGCACCGUCUUACAGAGCUAUACUUCGGCCAACCUCGGACCUGCUAUCUCCGAAGCUGCUCUCAAGCUUGGAUACGCGCCUGAGAAUCUCGGCCAACUGAUUGAGGCUACUAUUGAAGAUGGAGUCGGUGUGCCAUUCGCUUUCGAAAGCGUCCCCGGCAUUACCCCCGCUAUCGAAAGUGCCUGUCAGGAGGUAUUUAAGCAGGUCUAUGCUGUUGGCUUUCAACACUUAUUCUACGUAGCCGCAGGCAUCUCUUUCGUCGGCUUUGUGGCCGCCGUUUUCACCACGGAUGCGUCUCAUCAUCUUACGGCUCAUACCGCUGUGAUGUUGGAGCACGCAAAUAUUUUCCAAAAGUCGCCGGCACAAGACGUGAAGGAAGAGUUACGAUAA